CUCAUUGCUCCUCAUUCACCAGUGCAAUGAUCAAUUCACAUCACAAUGCAGCAUCCUCUUCUUCCCACCUGAACAGGCAUACGGAGGAAUACUCACCUUUAUGGAAAGGCCAUCAACAGCCACCUCUCGGAGGUCCAGUAGUCUCAAGAUCUAAUCUUCGAUACUCUGCCGUUUCACAAUCCAAUCCCGAAUCACCUAUAAUAGACACAGAUGUUGCUGAAAACAGACUACAGGAUCUAGGCCGUUGUAUGGAUGGGGAUCCAUUCAGAUCACCCAUACCUUUACUCUACCUUUAUGUAGUGCAUGCUCUCUGUACAUUUGACGAACGCAUGUAUGAGUUUGCAUCUUAUUUUUUCAUCAUGGAGAUUUUCAAAAAUACGUUGUUGCCAAUGUCCAUCUAUGGGUUUUCUACAACAGUAGCAGGCAUCAUACUGAGCACAACUGUCGGAUCGUUCGUAGACACCACACCACGAUUAAAAGCGGUCCAGUCAUUCCUCUUGACUCAGAAAUUGACUACCAUCCUCAGUGCCCUUGUAUUUUGGGCACUCUUGACAUGGUUUGAUCCAUCAUCGGAUAUUCAUAUUCCCGCUAUAAAAUCUACGAAAACAAUAGUGGCAAUAUCAGAGCCUACCCUUUCGCUCUAUCAAGGCUAUUCCUUGUUUACCUUCUUGGUCAUAGCGAGCGGAGUUUUGAAGCUCUCUGCACUUGGGUGGUCUAUUUCAAUUGAACGCGACUGGAUCGUAUCUCUCUGUCAAUCCGAUUCUGAAAUGUUGACAAAAAUCAACGUCUUCAUGAAAAGGAUUGACCUUGUUUGUAAACUGGUAUCACCAUUGGCGUUUGCCACGUUGCUCACUCUGCUCCAGAACCCGGGGUAUUGUAGUCUAGUCAUAGCAGCCUGGUGCAUGUGUUCGUUUUGUCUAGAACUCGUGCUUGUAAGGCGGAUCUGGUUUAAUUCCCCCAUCCUGCGCCUACCACGAUCCAUUCGAUCCCAUCGUAAUAAUAAUGUCCGAACACGUCGCGAUCAAAAACAUAAGAAGGCCAACAGCUAUAGCAGUGUGGUCAACCCUCUCUUCACCACAGAAUACAAUCAUGAUGAAGUAGAGCCCCGACGAGAUCUGCUUUCAGAAACAGAGUCUGAGAUAGCACAGUCUUCAACCAGAAAAAUUCACCCCUCACCUUCACUCUUUAGAAGAGGUAUCCACUCCUUUCAGGACUAUGCUCAUCAUGUCGUGUUCCUUGCUUCACUAUCCUAUGCAAUCAUUUACAUCAAUUUGAUGAGUGUUUCGGGAACUAUGAUUGGGUAUCUAAAGUGGCGUGGUUUGACUGCAAGUUCGAUUGCUCUAUUGAAGGGAGUCUGCACAUGUUCUGAACUCUUGGGGACCAUUCUUAUGCCCAUCACAAGCCGUUAUAUUGGCCUGAUCCGUAGUGGAGCUUGGUCAAUCUGGUUUGAGGUUGUCACACUGACACCAGUGCUCCUUUCAAUCUAUUCGGAUCAUUUGCCUAUCCAGGCGAUGAUCUUUGCUGGUAUGGCACUUUCUCGUGUCGGAGUAUGGUCUUUUGAUCUAGUGAUCACUCAAAUCAUGCAAGAGUACGUUGAAUCUGAUGCUAACAACGCUGGUAUAAUUAACGGCUGGCACUAUUCCAUGAUGAGCCUAUUUGAACUGAUCCAGUUCAUCUUGACCAUGGUCUGGUCAGACCCACAGCAAUAUUUUAUGCCUUGCACACUCUCAUUCGUUUGUGUCAUCGUGGGUGCUGCCGUGUACUCUGCGUAUGCCAUGCGUAUGCGUGGCCAUCUGUUCCAUUAUCAUCGGAAUAAUCUCACUGCUCACAUAUCACCCGCUGUUGCAGUGAAUGAGCAAAGAAGUGAAGAUGAUAGCAGAUAA